GAAAUUCCAAUUCAUUAAAGUCUUUGCUGAUCAAACGUCUGCACCUAAUAGACCAGCGAUGCUGUUGCCAUUGUUUGUGCUACGUCUGCUGGCAGCUAUUGGUGAAGUAGAAGCGCAGUUGGCACGCAAUCGAAACGCAUUGACCAAGACCCAGAGUAUAGAGGAGUGCAUCAAUGGGAUGCACGUGCAGAAUGCCAAUCUAAGGAAGAUUGUCGAAUGCCUGGCACGCUCAACAAACGUAACCGCCUUUCUAGGGGAUACACAGUGGAAACUGGAUUUGUUAGAGCAUCGUUUGGAUAGACUGAAAACAAUGCAAUCACCUGGCCUCUAUGUGCCUUCACCAUAUGUGCAUAUCGAUGAUGUGCUGCAAAUCGAAGGCAGUGUGGCCAGCUUUAGCUGUGUGGCCAAGUUGCAAGUGCUGCAGGCCAUACGACGAAAGCUGGAGCACUCGCAUCUGAUGAAUGGCAGGCCAAGCACACUAUUUGCCUGGCCUUUGUCACGGGCACCGACAUCAAAUAUGGCGCAGUCAACGGGCAGCAAAAUUGAUGGGCAUUCGAUUAACGAGGCCAACGCAUCGUCACACGAAGUUCAAGAGCUGAGCUGCCUUCUCGGUCGGGCCAUAAAGAAGCACGCGAAACGCAAUCUUGGCUAAUGAAAUGCGGCGCCCUUAAAUCAUUUAAGCCGCGAGAGCCUUUGUUUGGCCCCAUCGAGGCAGAAGGCGAAACUGCAUUUAAAUUGUAAAUAAAUAUGUGAGCACAGUUGCU